AUGUACGAUUUGAGUGUAGGUACAUACUCUGUAUAUGCCGAAGGUAGUCUCCCCGCUGCUUCGAAAGAAUCUAGCAAGCAAAUACCCGUUUUCUUCAAGUCCAAGGCUCUCUCGACGACGAUCACCAAAGCUUCGUCAGCUGAGGCGAAGCAAAAGGCAUCGAAGCGUGCCAUUCUCCAGGAGGACUCUUGCACUGCUGAGAAGCUUAAACUCACUGCCAACGGUAUAAAGAACUGCGAAUCGCUUGCCCGGGCCGCAGCGAAGGAUGCAUCUGACGUUCACUCCGCGAGGUUCGUUGAGUACUUCAAGUCAAACGAGACCAAGACUCGCGAACAUGUCACAGGCCGACUCCUUGCCGUCGCUGAAGAGUGCUCCACUUCAGACAGUGGCAACACAAGAGUCUCUUGCCGCGAUGAGAUUGGAUACUGUGAGAGCGACGGCCCUUUGAUCGCUUACACUACCUGGGUCAACGGCUAUGUCACCAUGUGUCCGCUAUUCUACGAUACGCUACCCCCUUUGCCGCAAAGGUGCCACAAGCAGGACCACGCCACUACGACGAUCCACGAGAUGACGCAUGCUAGAGCCGUGUAUGAGCAGGAGGUUUCGACUCAGGAUUAUGCUUAUGGCUAUGAGAACUCUACUGCAUUGGAUCCUCUGUCUUGUCUUUACAACGCUGAUUCGUAUUCUCUUUACGCCAACGGGUCAUAA